UCGAGCUCUCCCAACGGAUUGGAAAUCCCAAACCCUAGAAACCCUUGCUCGCUCGAUCCCCACGGCUUAGCUCCGGAUUGCCUCACUGAGAGCGGGGAAGAGAAGGAGCGAUGUGGAACAACGGGGCGCCGUCGGCGUCGGCGCCGCCACCUCCUCCGCCGCCACUUGCCCCUCCGGGAACGACGGUUGGUGGAUCGGGGAUGCCUCCUCCCCCGCCACCACCCGCAGUGCAGCCGUCGUACAGCAUCCCGCCUUCGCCAGCGGAGCUGGAGGCGAUGCUGGUGGAGAAGGCGCGGAAAUGGCACCAACUCAACUCGAAGAGGUACGGGGAUAAGAGGAAGUUCGGCUUUGUGGAGACUCAGAAGGAGGACAUGCCUCCGGAGCAUGUGCGCAAGAUCAUUAGAGAUCAUGGAGACAUGUCAUCAAAGAAAUACCGCCAUGAUAAACGUGUUUAUCUUGGUGCCCUAAAGUUUAUUCCCCAUGCAGUUUACAAGCUUCUUGAGAAUAUGCCUAUGCCUUGGGAGCAAGUUCGCCAUGUAAAAAUUUUGUACCACAUUACUGGUGCGAUCACAUUUGUGAAUGAGAUUCCAUGGGUGGUUGAACCCAUAUAUCUUGCACAGUGGGGCACAAUGUGGAUUAUGAUGCGAAGAGAGAAAAGAGAUCGGCGACAUUUUAAAAGAAUGCGAUUUCCUCCAUUUGAUGAUGAAGAGCCUCCACUGGACUAUGCAGACAAUUUAUUAGAUGUUGAUCCAUUAGAGGCUAUUCAACUAGAACUGGAUGAAGAAGAAGAUUCUGCUGUAUAUACAUGGUUUUAUGAUCAUAAGCCUCUUGUGAAGACAAAGCUUAUAAAUGGUCCUAGUUAUCGAAAGUGGCACCUCUCUCUUCCAAUAAUGGCAACUCUUCACCGUCUCGCUGGGCAGCUGCUUUCAGACUUGAUUGACCGCAACUAUUUCUAUUUGUUUGACAUGGAGUCAUUCUUCACAGCUAAAGCAUUAAAUAUGUGCAUACCUGGAGGUCCAAAGUUUGAGCCUCUCUACCGUGAUAUGGAGAAAGGAGAUGAAGAUUGGAAUGAAUUCAAUGACAUCAAUAAACUCAUUAUUCGUCAGCCUCUCAGAACAGAGUAUAGAAUUGCCUUCCCUCAUCUCUACAAUAAUCGGCCUAGGAAAGUAAAGCUUGGUGUAUAUCACACCCCUAUGGUAAUGUACAUCAAAACUGAAGAUCCUGAUUUACCAGCAUUCUACUACGAUCCCUUGAUAAACCCCAUCACUUCCAUCAAUAAAGCUGAUCGACGAGAGAGUAGAAAUGUUGAAGAUGAAGAUGAGGAAGAUUUUUACCUUCCAGAGGGAGUAGAACCAUUUUUGCAAAGUACCCAACUCUAUACUGACACCACUGCGUCUGGUAUAUCAUUGUUGUUUGCACCACGGCCUUUCAAUAUGAGAUCUGGUAGAAUGCGACGGGCUGAGGAUAUUCCUCUCGUAUCAGAGUGGUACAAAGAGCAUUGCCCACCAGCUUAUCCUGUCAAAGUUCGUGUGAGCUAUCAGAAACUAUUGAAAUGCUUUGUGCUAAAUGAGCUGCACCACAGACCUCCAAAAGCUCAGAAAAAGAAACAUCUGUUUCGAUCAUUACAAGCUACAAAAUUCUUUCAAACUACAGAACUUGACUGGGCAGAAGCUGGUCUUCAAGUUUGUAAACAGGGUUACAACAUGCUGAAUCUCUUGAUUCAUAGAAAGAAUCUUAAUUAUCUUCAUCUUGAUUACAACUUCAAUUUAAAACCUGUGAAGACACUCACCACAAAGGAGCGGAAAAAGUCCCGUUUUGGAAAUGCAUUUCAUCUAUGUCGUGAAAUCUUGCGUCUGACUAAGCUUGUAGUUGAUGCUAACAUCCAGUUUCGCUUGGGAAAUGUUGACGCAUUCCAAUUGGCUGAUGGUUUGCAGUACACAUUCUCACAUGUUGGUCAGUUGACUGGUAUGUAUCGUUACAAGUACAGGUUAAUGCGUCAGAUUAGAAUGUGUAAAGAUCUGAAGCACUUGAUUUAUUACCGGUUUAAUACUGGCCCUGUUGGAAAGGGUCCAGGCUGUGGGUUCUGGGCUCCAAUGUGGAGAGUUUGGUUAUUUUUCCUUCGCGGUAUUGUACCCUUGCUGGAGAGAUGGUUGGGUAAUUUGUUAGCACGGCAGUUUGAGGGUCGCCAUUCUAAAGGAAUUGCCAAGACUGUUACCAAACAGCGGGUUGAAAGCCACUUUGAUUUGGAACUUCGAGCAGCAGUUAUGCAUGAUGUUCUUGAUGCGAUGCCAGAGGGCAUAAAACAAAACAAGGCCAGGACUAUAUUGCAGCAUCUAAGUGAAGCAUGGCGAUGUUGGAAGGCCAAUAUCCCUUGGAAGGUUCCUGGACUGCCAGUACCCAUUGAGAACAUGAUACUUCGAUAUGUAAAGUCCAAGGCAGAUUGGUGGACUAAUGUUGCUCACUAUAAUCGUGAGCGUAUUAGAAGGGGUGCAACUGUUGACAAGACAGUUUGCCGAAAGAAUCUUGGAAGAUUGACCCGUUUAUGGUUAAAAGCUGAGCAGGAGAGGCAACACAACUACUUAAAAGAUGGGCCAUAUGUUACUCCGGAAGAGGCAGUUGCUAUUUACACUACAACUGUGCAUUGGCUUGAGUCAAGAAAGUUCUCUCCUAUACCAUUUCCACCAUUAUCAUAUAAGCAUGAUACUAAGCUUCUUAUCCUGGCACUGGAGAGGUUGAAAGAGUCUUAUAGUGUCGCAGUCAGAUUGAAUCAAUUGCAAAGGGAAGAGCUUGGCCUUAUUGAACAAGCUUAUGACAAUCCACAUGAGGCAUUAUCAAGAAUCAAGCGUCACUUGCUAACUCAACGAUCUUUUAAAGAAGUGGGUAUUGAAUUCAUGGAUCUGUACAGUUAUCUGAUUCCAGUAUAUGAAAUUGAACCUCUUGAGAAAAUCACAGAUGCAUAUCUUGAUCAAUAUCUGUGGUAUGAAGGUGACAAGCGACAUCUUUUCCCCAAUUGGAUCAAGCCUGCAGAUUCUGAACCACCUCCCCUGCUUGUGUACAAAUGGUGUCAAGGCAUAAACAAUUUACAAGGUAUAUGGGACACAAGUGAUGGUCAGUGUGUUGUCAUGCUUCAAACAAAGUUUGAAAAAUUCUUUGAGAAGAUUGAUUUGACCAUGCUAAACAGGCUUCUCCGGCUGGUGCUUGAUCACAACAUUGCUGACUAUGUUACUGCUAAAAACAAUGUUGUGCUUUCCUACAAAGACAUGAGUCACACAAACUCAUAUGGUCUCAUCCGUGGUCUUCAAUUUGCUUCCUUUGUGGUGCAGUAUUAUGGGCUUGUGCUCGACCUUUUGCUUCUUGGUUUAACUCGAGCUAGUGAGAUUGCUGGGCCUCCUCAUAUGCCAAAUGAAUUCAUAACAUACUCAGAAACCAAAAUCGAAACCCGGCAUCCAAUCAGGCUUUAUUCACGCUACAUUGACAAGGUGCACAUUUUAUUCAGGUUCACUCAUGAGGAGGCGCGUGACCUUAUUCAACGCUAUCUCACUGAACAUCCUGAUCCUAACAAUGAAAAUAUGGUUGGAUAUAAUAACAAGAAAUGUUGGCCAAGGGAUGCACGAAUGAGACUGAUGAAACACGAUGUGAACCUUGGAAGGAGUGUUUUCUGGGAUAUGAAGAACAGGCUUCCUCGAAGUAUUACUACAUUGGAAUGGGAAAACAGUUUUGUUUCAGUUUACAGCAAGGACAAUCCUAACUUGCUUUUCAGCAUGUGUGGGUUUGAGGUCCGGAUAUUGCCAAAAGUAAGAAUGACUCAAGAGGCUUUCAGCAACACAAAAGAUGGAGUAUGGAAUUUGCAGAAUGAACAGACAAAAGAGAGGACGGCUAUUGCCUUUUUACGUGUUGAUGAUGAACACAUGAAAGUGUUUGAGAAUCGUGUGAGACAGAUUCUAAUGUCAUCAGGAUCAACAACAUUUACUAAGAUUGUUAACAAAUGGAACACAGCUCUUAUUGGUCUUAUGACAUACUUUCGUGAAGCAACAGUGCAUACCCAGGAACUGUUAGAUUUGCUAGUCAAGUGUGAAAACAAGAUUCAGACCCGUAUCAAGAUUGGAUUGAAUUCAAAGAUGCCCAGCAGGUUUCCUCCUGUAAUUUUUUACACGCCCAAGGAGAUUGGUGGCCUUGGCAUGUUAUCAAUGGGUCACAUAUUGAUCCCGCAGAGUGAUCUUCGGUAUAGUCAGCAGACUGAUGUUGGGGUUACACAUUUCCGAAGUGGUAUGAGUCACGAGGAGGAUCAGCUCAUUCCAAAUCUAUAUCGCUACAUUCAGCCAUGGGAGAGUGAAUUCAUUGAUUCCCAGCGUGUUUGGGCUGAAUAUGCAUUGAAGAGACAAGAAGCACAGUCUCAAAAUAGGCGCUUAACUCUUGAAGAUCUUGAGGAUUCUUGGGAUAGGGGUAUACCUCGAAUCAACACCCUUUUCCAGAAAGACCGUCAUACUUUAGCUUAUGAUAAGGGAUGGAGAGUGCGCACUGAUUUUAAGCAAUAUCAAGUAUUGAAACAGAAUCCUUUUUGGUGGACUCAUCAGCGACAUGAUGGCAAGUUAUGGAACUUGAAUAAUUAUAGGACUGAUGUCAUCCAAGCUCUUGGGGGAGUUGAGGGAAUUCUGGAGCAUACUUUAUUCAAAGGCACAUAUUUUCCAACCUGGGAAGGUCUCUUUUGGGAGAAGGCUUCCGGAUUCGAAGAAUCUAUGAAGUACAAGAAGCUAACCAAUGCACAGCGAUCUGGUCUUAAUCAAAUUCCUAACCGUAGGUUUACUCUAUGGUGGUCUCCUACUAUAAAUCGAGCAAAUGUUUAUGUGGGGUUCCAAGUGCAACUAGAUCUUACAGGAAUCUUCAUGCAUGGCAAAAUCCCAACCUUAAAAAUAUCCUUGAUUCAGAUAUUUCGUGCUCAUCUUUGGCAAAAGGUCCAUGAGAGUGUUGUUAUGGAUCUCUGCCAAGUUCUGGAUCAGGAGUUGGAUGCAUUGGAAAUCGAGACUGUGCAGAAAGAGACAAUUCAUCCUAGAAAGAGCUACAAGAUGAACAGUUCUUGUGCUGAUAUUCUUCUGUUUGCAGCACAUAGAUGGCCAAUGUCCAAGCCUAGCCUUGUUGCAGAGUCAAAGGAUGUUUUUGAUCAGAAAGCAAGCAAUAAAUAUUGGAUUGACGUGCAACUUCGCUGGGGAGACUAUGAUUCACAUGAUAUAGAACGUUACACGAGGGCCAAAUUCAUGGACUACACUACUGAUAACAUGUCGAUUUAUCCUUCUCCAACUGGUGUAAUGAUUGGGAUUGAUCUAGCUUAUAACUUGCACUCUGCCUUUGGCAACUGGUUCCCUGGGUCGAAGCCUCUUUUGGCCCAAGCAAUGAACAAAAUCAUGAAGUCAAACCCAGCGCUGUAUGUUCUGAGAGAGAGAAUAAGGAAGGGUCUACAGCUGUAUUCUUCUGAGCCUACAGAACCGUAUCUUUCAUCACAAAAUUACGGGGAGAUCUUCAGCAAUCAAAUCAUAUGGUUUGUUGAUGACACAAAUGUUUAUCGUGUGACAAUCCAUAAAACAUUCGAGGGAAAUCUUACUACAAAACCUAUCAAUGGAGCUAUCUUCAUAUUUAAUCCAAGAACUGGGCAGCUCUUUCUGAAGGUCAUCCAUACAAGUGUGUGGGCAGGGCAAAAGCGUCUUGGUCAGUUAGCUAAGUGGAAGACAGCAGAAGAGGUGGCUGCUCUGGUGCGGUCACUUCCUGUUGAGGAGCAACCGAAGCAGAUUAUUGUGACUCGUAAAGGGAUGUUGGAUCCUUUGGAGGUCCAUUUGCUCGAUUUUCCUAACAUUGUCAUCAAAGGAAGUGAGCUUCAGUUGCCCUUCCAGGCCUGCUUGAAAAUUGAGAAGUUUGGUGAUUUGAUUCUCAAGGCCACGGAACCCCAGAUGGUUCUUUUCAAUAUUUAUGAUGAUUGGUUGAAAAGCAUCUCUUCCUAUACUGCCUUCUCCCGUCUCAUCUUGAUAUUACGUGCACUUCAUGUGAACAAUGAAAAGGCAAAGAUGUUGCUGAAACCGGAUAAGACCAUAAUAACAGAACCCCACCAUAUAUGGCCAUCUCUCACCGAUGAUCAGUGGAUGAAAGUGGAGGUUGCUCUUAGAGAUCUUAUACUGUCUGAUUAUGCAAAGAAGAAUAAUGUGAACACGUCUGCACUUACGCAAUCAGAAAUUCGUGAUAUAAUCCUUGGUGCUGAGAUAGCUCCACCUUCACAACAGAGGCAGCAAAUUGCUGAAAUUGAGAAACAGGCCAAGGAAGCUAGCCAGUUAACAGCUGUUACAACUAGGACAACUAAUGUUCAUGGUGAUGAACUCAUUGUCACAACAACCAGUCCAUAUGAGCAAGCGGCGUUUGGGUCAAAGACUGAUUGGCGUGUGAGGGCCAUCUCAGCUACAAAUUUAUAUCUCCGAGUCAAUCAUAUUUAUGUCAACUCAGAUGACAUUAAGGAGACUGGAUACACAUAUAUCAUGCCUAAAAACAUAUUAAAGAAAUUUAUCUGUAUAGCAGAUCUUCGAACUCAAAUUUCUGGAUAUUUAUAUGGUUUAAGCCCUCAAGAUAACCCGCAAGUGAAGGAGAUCCGCUGCAUAGUCAUGCCACCACAGUGGGGUACUCAUCAGCAGGUUCAUCUUCCAUCAGCUCUUCCUGAGCAUGACUUCUUGAAUGACUUAGAACCUUUGGGAUGGAUGCACACGCAGCCAAAUGAGCUUCCUCAGUUGUCGCCGCAGGAUCUUACAAGCCAUGCACGCAUUCUGGAGAACAACAAGCAUUGGGAUGGUGAGAAGUGCAUCAUCUUGACCUGUAGUUUCACUCCAGGAUCCUGCUCGUUAACCGCAUACAAGCUUACACCCACUGGCUAUGAGUGGGGCCGUGUCAACAAGGACACAGGAAGCAACCCACAUGGUUACCUUCCUACCCAUUAUGAAAAGGUUCAGAUGCUUCUCAGUGAUCGCUUCCUGGGUUUCUACAUGACUCCGGACAAUGGCCCCUGGAAUUACAACUUUAUGGGAGUGAAGCACACUAUCAGCAUGCGAUAUGGUGUAAAGCUUGGUAUGCCACGGGACUACUACCAUGAAGACCACAGACCGACGCAUUUCCUUGAGUUCAGUAAUUUGGAGGAAGGGGACGCUGCCGAAGCUGAUCGAGAUGAUACCUUCACUUAACAGAGAAGGUAUUGAUCAUCCCUCAUCUCUUUCAGUGAACCAGCAAGUGGAUAACGUGUGAGAUGUUCAUUUUUGCUUUGUCUGGAAUUGUAGAAGGUUCAAUAUAAACAUUUUCUUAUGUAACACUAGUAUUAAUCAUAUGAUCAGUUUGUGUGAUUUUGCUGAAUAUCAUGUAUAUAAACUGAUGCACUGUUGUAAAUUUAACAUUCACCAUGUUUUAUUUUGAUCUGAUGAGGGACAGGUGGAGCCAUAUGUUGAGUCA